GAUGUUCAAGAUCCUUCAGUAUUUGUAACAUUCCCUUUGGAAGAAGAUGAAAGUAUAUCUUUGGUUGCUUGGACAACCACUCCCUGGACUCUACCUAGUAACCUUGCUAACAGCCCUCUAUAAGUUGGAGAGUGACUAUGAGAUCCUUGAAAGAUUUCCUGGUGUCUAUCUCAAAGGCAAGAAAUACAAGCCCUUGUUCAACUACUUUCUGAAGGAUGACUUCCGCGUCUGUAUGGACUUCAACAUUAUUCAGAAAGACUCAGCCCCUAUUUGUCCUGUAGAUGCUUCAGGCUGUUUCACAGCAGAAGUGACACAUUUUACAGGACAGUAUGUAAAGGACGCUGACAGACAUAUCAUCAGGACCUUGAAGGAACAGGACCGACUUGUUGCCACCAGCACCUUCACUCAUAGCUAUCCUUUCUGCUGGAGGUCGGACACGCCCCUCAUUUACAAAGCAGUGCCCAGCUGGUUUGUGCGAGUGGAGCACAUGGUGGACCAUUUACUGAGGAACAACGACCUGUGCUACUGGGUGCCAGAGUUUGUGCGAGAAAAGCGGUUUGGAAACUGGCUGAAAGAUGCACGUGACUGGGCAGUCUCCCGAAACAGAUACUGGGGCACCCCUAUCCCGCUGUGGGUCAGCGACGACUUUGAGGAGAUAGUUUGUGUUGGCUCAGUGGCAGAACUGGAGGAACUAUCAGGAGCAAAGAUCUCAGAUCUCCACAGAGAGAGCAUUGACCACCUGACCAUUCCAUCACGCCGUGGGAAGAGCCCUCUACGGCGCAUCUCCGAGGUGUUUGACUGCUGGUUCGAGAGUGGUAGCAUGCCCUACGCCCAGGUUCACUAUCCGUUUGAAAACAAGAGGGAGUUUGAGGAUGCUUUUCCUGCAGACUUCAUAGGUGAAGGCAUUGACCAAACCAGAGGAUGGUUUUACACCCUGCUGGUCCUGGCCACAGCUCUCUUUGGAAAACCACCGUUCAAGAAUGUGAUUGUGAACGGGCUCAUCCUGGCAAGUGAUGGCCAGAAAAUGAGCAAACGAAAAAAGAAUUAUCCAGAUCCAGUUUCAGUCAUCCAAAAGUUUGGUGCUGAUGCCCUCAGGUUAUAUCUGAUCAAUUCUCCAGUGGUGAGAGCAGAAAACCUCCGCUUUAAGGAGGAGGGUGUGCGGGAUGUCCUUAAGGAUGUGUUGAUUCCGUGGUACAACGCGUACCGCUUCUUCACACAGAAUAUCCUGAGGCUUGAGAAGGAAGAGGAAGUAGAAUUCCUGUACAAUGAGAAUACAGUCAAAGAAAGCCCCAACAUCACAGACCGGUGGAUCCUCUCCUUCAUGCAGUCACUCCUGGGCUUUUUUGAGACUGAAAUGGCAGCUUACAGGCUUUAUACAGUGGUGCCUCGCCUGGUCAAGUUUGUAGAUGUUCUGACCAAUUGGUAUGUCAGAAUGAAUCGGAGAAGAUUAAAGGGUGAAAAUGGGAAGGAAGAUUGUGUUAUGGCCCUGGAGACCUUAUUCAGUGUCCUGCUUUCUCUGUGCAGACUGAUGGCCCCUUACACACCCUUUCUCACUGAAUUGAUGUACCAGAAUCUAAAGACGCUGAUUGAUCCCUCUUCUGUCCAGGACAAGGAUACGCUCAGCAUCCACUACCUCAUGCUGCCUCGUGUUCGAGAGGACUUGAUUGACAAGAAAACUGAGAAUGCAGUGUCUAGGAUGCAGUCCGUCAUUGAACUUGGGCGAGUGAUCCGAGACCGAAAAACUAUUCCGAUAAAGUAUCCUUUGAAAGAAAUUGUGGUUAUCCAUCAAGAUCCCGAAGCUCUGAAUGAUAUCAGGUCCUUGGAGAAGUAUAUCCUUGAGGAAUUGAAUGUUCGUAAAGUUACACUGUCUACAGAUAAAAACAAGUAUGGCAUUCGGCUAAGGGCAGAACCAGAUCACAUGGUCCUGGGAAAGCGCCUGAAAGGAGCCUUUAAAGCAGUGAUGAUGGCCAUCAAGCAGCUGAGCAGUGAGGAGCUGGAACAGUUCCAGAAGAGUGGGAGCAUUGUUGUGGAAGGCCACGAGCUGCGUGAAGAAGACAUCCGCCUCAUGUACACCUUUGACCAGACCACAGAUGCUACUGCACAGUUUGAAGCACAUUCAGACGCUCAGGCUUUGGUUCUCUUAGACAUCACCCCUGACCAGUCAAUGUUGGAUGAAGGAAUGGCUCGGGAGGUCAUCAAUCGCAUCCAGAAACUUCGCAAGAAGUGUAAUCUGGUUCCCACUGAUGAAAUAACAGUGUAUUAUAAUGCAACGUCUGAAGAAAGGUAUCUGAAUAAUGUUAUUGAAAGCCACACAGAGUUCAUAUGUGCCACCAUAAAGGCUCCCUUGAAACCAUAUCCAGUUUCUCUAUCAGAAGAAAUCCUUAUUGAAGAGAAAAUGCAGUUAAAGGGGUCUGACCUGGAAAUUACGUUCACCAAAGGUUUCUCCACUCCUGGUCCUGCUUGUGCAUAUGUCAAUCUUAACAUCUGUGCAAAUGGCAGGGAGCAAGGUGGAGUAUUACUUUUGGAAAACCCAAAAGGCGAUAAUCGGUUGGACCUUCUGAAGUUAAAGAGUGUUGUUACUAGCAUUUUUGGUGUUAAAAAUACAGAGCUGGCCGUCUUCCAUGGUGAAACAGAAAUACAAAACCAAACCGACUUGCUGAGUCUCAGUGGAAGAACACUCUGCGUUACUGCAGGACCAGCCCCCUCCCCAGCCCACAGUCCCAGUCCUCUCCUCUGUCAGUACAUAAACCUGCAGCUCCUCAAUGCAGAGCCUCAAGAGUGCUUAGUGGGCACAGUGGGCACUCUCCUGCUAGAAAACCCGCUGGGGCAGAAUGGACUCACCCACCAGGGUCUUUUAUAUGAAGCAGCAAAGGUGUUUGGCCUUCGUAGCAGAAAGCUGAAGCUGUUUCUAAAUGAGACUCAAACCCAAGAAAUUACAGAAGACAUCCCCAUGAAGACUUUGAAUAUGAAGACUGUGUAUGUGUCUGUACUGCCGAUGACUGCAGAGUGCUAGGACUCGUUUCUCCGUGUGGCGCAGUCAGUGUUUGUUUCCCUUAGACCUUUCUCCUCUACAUUCAUAUCCAUGGACAUGAAGGUGUGUCCUUCAGUCUAAUAUGCUGCUUUGGCCCAAAGUUCAAAUAGGAUUGAUGAAGUGACUUGAGACCUCAUGUAAUAUUCACACUUAACCUUAAAUACCUAUGCAGUCCUAUUGGGGAAAGGUAUUACCUCAGCACCACAAAAGUACAGAAAGUAGAAUUCACUUAAAAGGCAUGGAAAAAAAAAUAUAUGCAUGCAUACAUAUAUAUGUUCAUAUAUAUGUAUGAGUAAUGAUCUAUGGCCUUUUAUAACUGAUUUGAGACCCUUAAAGAAGUGGACAUGUUAUAUAUUUCUGCUACCUGGAUUUUCCCAGGUAAUUUGAUGGAAUAUUUUAUGUUUCAGUAAAUCAAACAUGUAAACAAA